CCCACUGAGGGACGCGGCGGGGAACGGCGAGCACGGGACUCGGACUGCGGGGGUCGUCGACAUCUAUCGAAGGAUCACAUGACUAGAGGUUCGAUGACCGUGCGAUAGGUGUCACGUGAGGCAUUGACGUCAAUCAACAUGGCUGCAUCCUUCGCUAGUGUCCCUGGAACUGGUAUUCUACUCCAAUUGCUGAGGAGGACUUGCUUCUGGUAUGAUGAGCACCUUGGGAUAUUCCGGGAGAGUUCACGUGAUCAGAAUUGUCAAGCCCAAAGCAUGCUUCAAUGUUUCUUAUGUGAUCAGUGACAUCAUCAAAUAUGAGAAUGAAAUAUGUGCCACCUGAUCUCUUCCAGUUCAAUUCCCUGUCCUUAAGGUUUCUUGGGAUUGCUCAUUUUGUAAAAAAAACUCUCAAAUUUCUGGUCGUGAUGAUUUAUUCAGCCAUGCUGACCAGCGUGGCAGGAUGAGUGACCAGCAUCCGUUACUGUCUGCUGCAAAUGUUGUCGGCGAGAUUGAGCACACACACUUCCUUGCAUCCCAUAUUGGGUCCCUCCACUUGAAUGAUGAUUACAGUGAUAUCAUCAUCAUAGUGGAGGGGGAACGAUUCAAGUGCCAUAAGGUCAUUCUCGCAGCAAGAAGUGAAUACUUUCGGGCCUUGCUAUAUGGAGGAAUGAAGGAGUCACGUGAAUCCGAGAUACACCUGAAAAAUACCUCCUUGGCUGCUUUUCGUGCCCUUCUACAAUACAUAUAUACUGGAAAAAUGUCUCUCAAUGAGCAAAGAGAGGAGGAAAUCUUGGACAUCUUAGGUCUGGCUCACCUCUAUGGAUUUGGAGAUUUGGAAGAAGCAGUCUCAGACUAUCUCAAGGCCAUUCUCAGCAUCCAGAAUGUCUGUGUGAUCUAUGGGGCUGCCAACUUGUAUACUCAGAAGAAGCUGGAGUCUGUUUGCCUCUCAUUCAUGGAUUGUCAUGCCCAAGAGAUUAUGCAUCAAGAAAGCUUCCUGUGUCUAUCUUCUCCUGUGAUUAAGGAGAUCCUGUGUCGAGACAGCUUCUGUGCCCCUGAAGUUACCAUAUUCAAGGCUGUAUGUGAUUGGGUCAAGGCAAAUCCUGAUGAGAAUUCAGAUGAGAUCCUGAGUUGCAUCCGUCUUCCUCUCAUCAGUCUUUCUGAUCUCUUGAAUGUGGUGCGACCGACGGGGCUUGUAUCGGCAGACACGAUGCUUGAUGCAAUCAAGUUGUGCAUCGAGAGCAAGUCCAUGGACCUCAAGCAUCGAGGCUUCUUAUUGCCAGAAGAGAAUGUGGCCAGGUCCAAGCUUGGAGCCGCUGUAUUGGUGGGGGAGAUGAAGCAGGCUCUGCUGGAUGGAGACUGCCAGAACUACGACAUGGAACGGGGCUUUACGAGGCAUGCCAUAGACGACCUUGGGACGGGGAUCGUCGUGAAACUUGGCAUGCCCUGCAUUGUCAAUCACAUGAAGCUCCUUCUGUGGGAUCGAGACAUGAGGUCUUAUUCUUACUACAUCGAAGUCUCUAUGGAUGGCCAGGACUGGGUUCGUGUCAUCGAUCACAGCCUGCACCACUGUCGUUCUUGGCAACGACUCUUUUUCCAUCCGCAUGUCAUUCAGUAUGUCCGCAUCGUUGGCACCAACAACACUGUCAAUCGCGUUUUUCAUGUAGUUCACCUCGAAGUCAUGUAUACGAAGAUGCCCUUCACAUUGGACAAAGGACUCCUGGUACCUGCUGAGAACAUGGCAACGACAGAGAUGAAAGCUAUAGUCAUCGAAGGAGUUAGUCGAAGUCGCAAUGCUCUCCUCAAUGGGGACACGGUGCAUUAUGACUGGGAUUCUGGCUACACCUGCCACCAGCUGGGGACUGGAGCCAUUGUGGUGCAGCUGUCUCAGCCUUACAUGUUGGAGUCCAUGAGGUUGUUGCUCUGGGACUGUGAUGACCGAUCCUACAGCUACUACAUCGAAGUAUCUGUGAACCACCGGGAUUGGGACCUGGUGUGUGACAAGACACGGAUCCAAUGCAAGUCAUGGCAGACCGUUUACUUUCCUCGCCGACCGGUCGUUUUCAUACGCAUUGUUGGAACUCACAACACAGCCAACGAGGUAUUCCACUGUGUCCACUUUGAAUGCCCUGCUCAAGUCCCUCCCCUGACCUCACCCAUGCGAAGUGCAAUCCAGCCAUUGAAUCUUUCUUCUCCGAUGAUGCUACCACACCUCCCAGCGGUGACGUUGGGGAGCGCAGACGGGAGCGAGGCGGCGUCACAGCGGGAUCGUAUGCUCCGCCAGAACCGCCGUGAUCAGGAAAUUCAAGACAUGGAGGCCCUGAUGGCCGCUCGAAACCUGGGUCCCAUGGCCGGGCUCGCACACGCUGGACUGCCUCGGGGCGAGCCCCCAGACGAUGACGACAGUCUGCCUGAUGGCUGACACGCUGAGACUUUGAGUCCCACCAUCUGUGUUGUCUCAGUGUGUUCCCUCAUGAACGAUGAACCCCUAUUGGUGCUGCACAUCCCAUUCAGAUUAUCCAUCGUGGUUUCCCAGUCUUUCUCUGCUGGAUCAGUUCAUUCCGAAGUAUAAUUGGAUGCUUGUGUUCUUCCUCCACUUUGUAUGAGGACUUUGCCCAUUGUUCCCUCCCGUUCUGCACUCUUCACCUCUGAUCCCUUUUUAAUUUCCAAUUUCUCGCCUUCCCCCCCCUAACCUAUUGCUUGGUACCCGUUGACCGAGUGUUGCCGCUUUGUAUAGUCAUCGCCUGUGAUUGAUUUUGGCUUUUGCCUUGAUAUUCCACAAACUAAUACCCUGGAGGCAUAGAAGUUGUGGACUGACAUUCUCAUUUAUGAGGGGAGGUGCUUAGUCUGAGGCAUCGAGGACUUUUUCCUCUUAUUUUAGUUCGUGAAUAAAAGUCUCAUUUGAACCUCUGCAA